CCUCUGGCGAGUGCGACAUGGAGGGCACGAACACAAGGUGGGCCGCUCUGGUCGCUCCGCCUGACCUCCUCCCUGACCCGCGUGCUUCUGGAGGAGCAUCCAAGCAGUCAGCUGCGCCGCUGCGUGCACGAGGUGACCCAUGGGUCGCAGGCGGCGGCGGCGCUGCGGCUGAUGGACCUCCUGCGGCCGCUGCGGCAGGAGCUGGCGAGCUACUUUGGACGUCCGUCGUACGCGCACCUUCGUAUGGCUGGAUAUGUCGUAGGUGACCCAUGGGCCGCCCUGGGCAUGUUGUACGACAUGUUGACUGCCGUACGCCCCAUGGCUGAUGCGGAGGUACGGCACAUGCAGGCGCUGCUGCCGCGGCUUGAGGAGGGGCAGCAGCAGCAGCAGGCGGAGGGUGCCUGCGGGGCGUCGGGUAGGGCUCGAAGCGAAGGAGCCGCAGCCGGUCGAUCAGGAGCAGCAGCGGGAGAGGCUGGAGUGGGGAGAGAAGGAGGAAGGCGGCAGGCGGGAGGCGGCCAGGAGGACUGCGCUUCCCCGCUUCCCGAACCCCCGGAUCCAGAUCCCGGUGGCCUGCUGGGCAGCAUCGACUUCCUCACGAGCCUGCUGCAGCCGCCUCCCCCGACUGCGGAGGAGCUCCGAGACCUGGCGCCGUACUUCAGCCUGCAGGGCAUCCUAGCGGGCCUCAGUCGCCUCACCUCCCACCUGCUGGGAUGCGAGCUGCGGCCCACCGCCCCCACUGCCGCCGAGCUGUGGGCCCCGCCAGGCAGCAUUUUGCGGUUUGAGGUACGGCAAAUGGGAGUACGGCAGAUGGGGGCUGCUGCUGCUGCAGCUGCUGGAGCCCGCUCGGAAGGGGCAGCCGGCGGGCGACAGGAGCAGCAGCAGCAGCCGGGGCAGCAGCAGCUGCUGGGGGUUGUGUACGUGUUCCUGGACGCACAGUGCGAGCGGCCCUUCACGCAGCUGGUCAGGCACGGCUGCUCCGGAGCCGACCCCGCUCCCUGGCUCCCAGAUCCGGCCCCCCAGCAACACUAUCCCGGAGGACCCGUACCUCACGCUGCUGAGGCGCCCCAGCACCCCUGCUGCGACCACAGCAGCCCACCAGCCCUCAUCCCCUCCGCCGCCCGCUGUGUACCACAUGUGGUCCUGCACAUGCCUGCCAGCCAGGUGACCCGUGGGUCAGGCAAGCAGCAGCUGCUACUGCCGGGGGACCCCGGGCGGAUGUUGCGCACGUUGGCGCAUGAGAUGGGGCAUGCGCUGCAUUACGUGUUGUCGUACAGGCCCGGCAGCCUACCCGAAAGUAACGCCUGCUACAGUGCCACCGAUUUCCUCGAGCUGCCCUCACACAUCAUGGAGCGGUGGGUCGCCGACCCAUGGGUCAUCUCCGACAUCUCCUGCCACGUCACCAGCGGUGCGCAGCUGCCCCCCCGCCGCUGCGCCCCCCUGGCUGCCCCCUCCUCCCGCCUGCAACCCACCUGGUUGGCCUUGCAGCAGCACCUGCUAGCAGCUGCUGCGGACCUCCUGAUUAACCUUGGUGGAAGAGGAGGAGGAAGCACAGGAGGUGCAGAGGAGGAAGGGGAAGAAGGGCACGAAGAAGGUGAAGGAGGAGAAACAGCUGUGGACAUGCUACGCCUGAGGCCCGUCCUGACGCCACCACCCAUGCAGCCGCCAUCGCCAGCCGUACGGCCAGGUGACAGCACCAUGCAGGGCGACCCCGUUACUUUACACCCCGGCUGCACCCCCUCGGAGGAGCUGGUGGCCGCGUUGUGGGCGCAUCACUCCUCCCUUCCAGGCGGGGUGUUCCAGGCCUGUAGGACCCUGCAGACGCUGCUACCAGGACUCCUACACACCCCGGCGGCCAUGUACGCCUACCCGUUCGCUCAAAUGGUGGCGGCAGCGGUGUGGGAGAGGUGGUUCAGUUCUCA